AUGUUUCUAUCCCGUCAGAUCCGUCAGAAGCCACUUAGAUGGGAUUUAAUAUUAUCUUCCCAUCAACUCUUCGUUCGCUACCUGCCUAGCAUUCGUAACCCUAUUAGUGAUUCCCUCAUCUUCACGAUAAAGGAGCAUACUGGAGCGCUCCUGGCGGCGGCUGGAGCGUUCGGGCCUUUCCGUGACAGAUCGGAGUGGCUGCCAUUACCGGGCGGCGGGGCGGGUGGGAGGUCACUUCAAAGAAGGCUCCCCAUUGGUCGGCAGGCUGGCGAGGUGGGGGUAGCGCUCCCGUCUCAGUUCAGUUUCACCUGGGAUGGCCUGUCGCUUGUGAGGAAAAUGCCGCAUGUGUCUAGCGGGAGCGGCGGGGAUGACCUCGGUAGUACCGACGAAGUCAAGGUGUUUAAGGAUGAGGGUGAAGACGAGAAGAGAUCUUCUGAAAAUCUCACCGAAGAGAAAAGCAGCCUCAUAGAUCUCACAGAAUCCGAGUCCGUUUUAAAUGCUAAUAGAUCUAAAUCCACAAAAAAAGUGAAAUACGUGAGAAGAAAGAAUGCCCUAGAUAUGGAGAGUGCAGAGCUGAAUGAAUGGAUGCAGGUGAAUUUCACCUGUUCAUGGUUCACCAGCCACUAA